AUUCUGACUCAUGUAACGUGUUUUUACUGACACGCUGGAGCGAGUACAAUCUCCUGAUCAACGCACACCAGAUAGUGAAUCUCCCUUACAAGUGGUCCUUCUACGUAGAUAGUAAACCUUCCUAACUGCGGUCUCUUUUUAUAAAGACAGUUUAACAAAAAAAACAUUUUGUUAAAGAAAAUUACGUCAAAAACAGAGGCAGAGCUGCAAGGAGGAAGUGAAUAAAGGGGAUCAGUCAUGGUGGUCAGUGCACGACAGAUUGGGACUGCAGCUCCAGUCCUCCUGCUGAUUGUGCUCGUGUGUGAGGCGAUGCGCUUUGCACACGCGGAUAAGAGUAUUGAAGAUGUGCGUUGCAAAUGCAUUUGCCCUCCAUACCGAAACCUCAGUGGCCAUGUCUACAACAGGAACUUCACCCAAAAGGACUGUAACUGUCUGCAUGUAGUGGAGCCCAUGCCAGUGCCUGGUCAUGAUGUGGAGGCAUAUUGUCUGCUCUGUGAGUGCAAGUAUGAAGAGCGAAGCAGCAAUACCAUCAAGGUAACCAUAAUCAUCUACUUGUCUGUGGUUGGUGCUCUUCUACUGUACAUGCUGUUCUUGCUUUUGGUGGAGCCUCUGAUCCGCAGACGUGAUUCCUAUAGACAACCACUACAGAACGAGGAUGACUCUGAGGAUGUGUGGGCUCCAGGUCGAGGGAACACUGUGCUGGAGCGAGUGGAAGGGGCUCAGCAGCGCUGGAAGAAACAGGUUCAAGAGCAGCGUAAGACUGUGUUCGAUCGCCACAAGUUGCUUAGCUAAAUUCUCAGUUACGGUGACACUCAGAGCAAAAGCCAGCUGACUUUCCUGAGUUUCAUGAUGUAUUUACUGAACUCAUUUUACUAACAAUGGGACCACAUUUGGCUCAUGUUAUCAGUGAGGCUUUUUUUUUUUGUUAUUUUUUUUGCAUAGUAUUCUGUUCGCUAUUGGAAGCUCAGUUAAAAUGAAUGUGCUUUAAAUUGAAUUACACUGAAUGUAUUAGGAUUGUUAUAUAACAGAGAAUUCCUAAUUAUAGCUUCCCUGCUAAGAAUUAUAUUCUAUAUUGCGAAUUUUGUGAAAAAGGAAGAGUUAAGGUAAACCAACAUAAAAUUCAUGUUCAGGUUACAUGCAUAUGGAUUUUGCACACUGUUUUAUCUUCAGUAGAAACCGUUUUCUUCAAUUAGGAACAUUGUGAGUAGGAUAUGAGUGGCUUUGAUUCUGGGAUUUGCACUGAUUGCCAUUCCUAAUGUCAUGUACGUGGCAGACUAAAUUCCAGACCAAAUAUAUGCUGAUUGCACUGAUUGUUGUUAAUAUAUAUGAUGUUUUGCAUUUGACUGCUUAAGGUGUAUUAUAGAUCUAAUGCAGGUUUUGUAUUUCAAUUAAGAUCUCUGGUUUUUGUUUGGAUAAUAUGUCUAAUAACUGAAAUGUUGCAUGUUUUAACAGAGAUUCUUCUGCUCAGAUACUGUACUUGGCUCUAUUGGCACGACUGGCAAUAUUUAUUAUUUUGACAUUUAUUUGUUACGUCAACUUUGUAGUUAAUUAUUUUUCACUUUAUUGGGUACAUCUCAUCUAUCUAAAAAAUCAUAUACAUAAUAUUUAUUUACUGUAUGCUUUCUGUUGGGUAUACAGUUGAAUUGCUGAUGUUAUGUUCAAUUUCUCCACUUUAUCUAAAAGUUUUGGGAAAAAAAAAAGUUCCAGUUACAAAAGGUUUAGAAAUUACUUCCAUUUUUGAAAAGCUGAACCUAUUACUGAUCCAUUAAGAACAAUGCAAUAUAGAAUUAAUCCCUAAUGAAGAUUAUAGUGUCAAAGUAGGUCAUUCCGCUGCUGUCUCUGAUAUACUCUUACCAAUGCUUUGGUUCUAUAAGGAUUAAAUUAAUUGUGAUCGAUGAGUAAUUAUGUUGCUAUGUACCCAGUAAAAUGCUUGUGGAGUGUAGGUGCAAGGGAGUUGCAACAAUUAAACAUGCAACUAAGUGUAUGUCACACUUCUAUUUCAGGAAACAUCUUUCCAUGUGUUGUAUUGUCGCACAGAGAAAUAAAAAUAAACAAAGUCUUUGAAAGGUG